AUCGCUUCCGUACUAUCACAAUCGGUCCCAAUGCUUACGGAAGCAAUGUAAAUAAGCCAACAAAGAAGUCCAUAUUCGCUAGACGGUGUAUUGCCUACGCGUUUUUCUUCUCUUUCCAGCUUUCAGCUUCCGACCCGUCAUGCGUUUUGCCAGCUUCGCGUGGCUGCUGUCUGCAGUUGCGGCUGCAUCGGAAGACACACACGAGGGCCAGCCGGCGCCUGCAGCGAGCCCGAAGCGUGUCGCAAUAAUAGGCGCCGGCGCUGCUGGUGCGUCCACAGCCCACCAUCUCCGCAAGUACGCCACGCAAGCCCACAUGCCCCUCGAGAUCACCAUAUUCGAGCGAAAUGACUACAUUGGUGGACGCAGUACCACAGUAGAGGCCUUUAACGACACACUGCUGGCCCCGAUUGAGUUGGGCGCCAGCAUCUUUGUCUCUGUCAACUAUGUGCUUCAAGACGCCGUGAAAGAGUUUGGGCUGCAGCUCAAGGAGCCAUACGAAGGACCGGUUGCCUUAAAAGAUGUUCCUUUCAUGGGCAUAUAUGACGGCUCCAAGUUCGUCGUCACCAUGCAGGAUUCAGGGUGGUGGAGCAGUUUGAAGAUGUUGUGGCGUUACCUGUACGCUCCAAUCAAGGCAGAGCAGCUCAUGAAGGAAACGGUGGGCAAAUUCCUCAAAAUUUACGAGGCGCCCUAUUUCCCAUUUCCAAGCCUCACGAAGAGGGUGUACGAUUUGGGGUUGAAAGAAGCCGCAGGCAUGACUGGACAACAGUUUCUGAAAGAAAACGGCAUCAGGGACGAUUUUGCCAAUGAGGUCAUACAAGCUAUGACGAGGGUAAAUUAUGCGCAGAAUCUUGGGGUCAUCCAUGGUCUAGAAACGAUGUGUUCUAUUGCUACGAAUGGAGCCGUUGCGGUCGAAGGCGGCAAUUGGCGCAUCUUUGAAGCAAUGGUGAAUGCCAGCCAAUCCAUCCCACGACUUGGGAGAGCCGUCUUUGCCAUCAAAAGACACGACGAUGGCACCUUUACUGUGGCUUCAAAGAGCGAGCCCACAUGUCCAACCUGCACCGUCUAUGAGGAGAAGUUCGACAGCAUCGUGCUCGCCGCGCCGUAUCAGUACGCCAAUAUCGACGUAAAGCCAAAGCCACAGAUUAUCCCAGAUGCAAUACCUUAUGUGGAUUUGCACGUCACAUUGUUCACGUCGCCCCACUACCUCCAUUCUCCUGCCUUCGGUCUCAAGCCCGACGAAAAGGUCCCUAGUAUGCUGCUGACCACUCUCCAAUCCAACGAACAGCCGGGUUCAAAUGCGACAUACAAAGCGAAGGCUGGUUUCAAUUCAAUCUCGCUCCUGGGCACACGCUUCAACCGUAAAACGGGUGGAGACGAGUACCUCUACAAGAUCUUCAGCAUGGACCCAGUACCAGACGAAUUCCUAGCCAAGAUUCUCGGGCUCGACGAGAAGAAGCAGUUGAGCAAGGGCGAUGUAAGCUGGGUGUAUCGGAAGCUAUGGCAGAGCUACCCGUAUGAGUUCCCACGCGUAACGUUUGAGGAGCUUCGCCUUGACGAGAAUUUCUGGUAUACGGGUGGCAUUGAAAGCUUCAUCAGCACAAUGGAAACAAGCGCGCUGAUAGGCAAGAACGUGGCACACUUGCUGGUCGAUGAGUGGAAGAGUCGGCAGAAGACUCACGUUCACGCCGACCAACGUCAGCCUGAUGUGCAUGCGGCACAGGAACCAUUGCAAGCUGAGCUGUGAGCUUGUAGACUCAGGUUGCUCGUGAGAGACUGCGAAUUGAUCCCAGGAGUCAUCCUAAGAGCUUUUCACAGCAGCAUGGACCGGAUCGGCGGUUCAGUGGUUGGAUGAAUUGCGAACAUCGCACAUCACACACCUUGUCCAAGCCCGGCGCCGGCCCAAAGAAUAGGUGCGAAGUGCCGUGGCAUGUUAAAUCCAAAGAGGCUUAUAAUGUAUAGAAUGGCGAUUACUGCUGUUGGCGCAAGGAGCAGCUCAGUAUGCUGCAGGAAAGGCAGGGCUAUACAAUCAUAACAUAUUAGCGUGCGAUUUACGGUCAAUCUUACAGUAAAUAAAGAAUCUAAGCAGCAAAAGAAAAAAGA